AUGGAAGUAUUUAUAAGUUUGCUUAUAGGAAUGUUGACAUUUUUUGUCGUCUUUGUUUGUUGUAUCACUUGUAUAUUUAAAGUUUGUCCUUUAGAUGAAAAUGAAGAUCUCCAUUCAGAAAAUCAAAACGAAACAAAUCAUGAAUUAGGAAUGAACACAAAUGAACAUCAAACCCAACCAUCACCAUCAGCACCGUCAUUUGAGCGUGUUCUUUCAGUUCCCAUAGCAUAUGAUGAAAUUGAUAUCCAUAGCACGCCAUACAAUUCAACUCGUCAAACAAACUCUUCUGAAGAAUUACCGCCAAGUUAUAAUGAAGCUCUGGGUCGAUAG